UUUUUUUUUUUUUUUUUUUUGAGGCAGUCAUUCACUAUAUAGUUCAGCCUGACCUUGUAUUCACUAACUCAGACGGGCCUCGAACUCUCGGCAUGUCCUUCCUGCCUCAGCCUCCACAGUUCUGGGAUCACAGGUGUGCACCACUAUAUCUAGCUUCAGUUAUAUUUUUAAAAACAUUAGGGGCCUGGGGAUAUACUCAGUGACAGCACUUGCCCAACAUAAGCAAGACCCUGGGUUUGAUUCCUAGCAUAAACAAAACAAAAGAAGGAGGAGGAGAAGGAGGAGGAGGAGGAGGAAGGAAAGGGGGAGGAAGGGAAGGAGGGGGGGGAGGAGGAGAAGAAAGAAGAAGAAAAAGAAGAAGAAGAAAGAAAAAAGUCCAGUAGAGUCUGGAGCAUGGGAAACUCAUAUUCAGCUCCAAAUUCUGGGAGGCCACACUCAUGGUGGCCAAAUAAUGUGGUGUAAUAAACAGUAUUCUUAGUUCACUGCACAGUUGCUUAGUAUUUCCUCUUACUGUGUUUCCCCCUUGUGUUGACCAAUUCUGUCUUCUGUACAGCUGGUCACCCAGUCCUGACCACACCAUUCUUUUUUUUUAAUCGGUACCAGGGAUCGAACUCACGACUGCCUGCUUGCAAGGCAGGUUCUUAUGCCACUGAGCUAAAUCCCCAGCCCCCACCACACCAUUCUUAAUACAGGCAGAAGGUUGUAUUUAAUCAGCAGGAAUACAAACUGGUUAUGGUGGUGCACAGCUGUAGUCUUAGCAUGCUGGGAGGCUGAGACAGGAGGAUCACAAAUUUGAGCCCAGCCUGGAUUACAUCAUGACUUAGCAGGACACUGUCUCACAGAAAAAAAAAAUUCUCCUUUGAGUCAAUAAUCUCUUAUUUACCAUGACAAAUUGAGAUAGACAUAGCUACUUUUAAAGGAAAUAACCAUGUAAAACAACCAACAUGAUUUUAUGACAAUUUGGAAAGGACUGAGUCCAACAGCUGUACUGAGUAUUGCACUAGCUCACUCUUUUAUUUUUUGUAUUUAUUUAUUUUUGGUUUUUUGAGAUGGUAAUUCAGUUCAGGCAGGCCUCAAACAUUGUGAUCCUCUUGCCUCAGCUCCAGUUGCUGGAAUUCCAGGUGUGUGCUACCUUGCGAAGAGGUUGGCUUACUCUUUUAGAUUUUCAUAUUGAGUCCUGUUUAAUAUCAUAAGUAACAGAAAGUUGAUGUGCUAUUGAUCUCACUGAAGUUCUCCAGUGGUGUAAAAUGGUGGCUGAAUGUUAGCUCUGACAGGGGAAAUCCCAGUUAGCAUCCUUCUUGACCUCCUGUUAGUUGUUGUGAGCCUCUAUUCCAGUUUAAUCAUCACAGUAUUGUCUCAAAGAGUGUGAGGAGCAAAUAGAAUAAUCUAAGUAAAGCACUUGGCACAGGUCUACUACAUGGAAAGCAUGCAGUAAGUACUAUAUAAUUUCUUAAAAGUUUUGGUAAUUUGAGUGGUCCAGUUUAAUUAUUUUCUAAGCAAGCACAACUGAUCAACAACAUCCUUAUCUUCUUGUCCCUUAAUCCUGUGUAUGUAUUGUUUUAAAAUGUUUAACAUAUCAUCUAGGUAUAAUUUACAUGUAACAAUAUGCAUGCAUCAUAGGUAUAUGGUUUGCUGAGUUUUAACAAACUGGCACUCUGAUUGGGUACAGAACUAUUCUACCACCUAAACAUCUCUUCAUUCCCUUGGCAGUCAGCCCUGCCAUCCUGAACAACCACUGAUCUGUUAGCUGUUAUUGUGCAUUGGUUCUACCAGGAUCUCAAAUGGUGUGUCCUAAUUCAUCGGCACAAUGUCUGAAAUUUGUGCAUGAUUUGCAUAUAUCUGAAAUGCAUCUUUGUUUAUUGCUGGCUAUAUUCUGUCGUGUGGACGUACCACAGUCUGCCUGUUUUCUUGGAGAUAGACACUUGGUUUCCCAGGUUUUUGUUUUUGUUUCUCAGUGUUGGGGAUUGAACCCAAGGCUUUUGGACUGAGCUACAUCUCCAGCCCUUUCUUAUUUUUCAUUUUGAGACAGGGUCUUGCUAAGUUGCAAAGCUGCCUAGGAUGGACUUAAGUUUGUGAUCUUUCUACCUCAGUUUCCUAAAGUGCUGGGGUUACAGGAGUGCACUAUUACACCCAGAUGCAGGUUUUUGUUUUUGUUUUUGCUUUUGAAACCAAGCCUUGAGAAAGCAAUGAACUGUUUCUAAAGAGCCAGAGGAAAGCACCUGUUUCCAAACGCUGGGUGGUGAAAGGCUGUGUUCAGUGUGCUCUUCAUUGGUGGGACAAGACAGAGUGUUUCCGGUUGCUGUCACGAGUUGGGGGGCUGCAGUGGCUUUGUGGGGAGAACCUCAUCCUCUCCCGGACUGCGGGCAGGAACCCCAGCUGGCCUGGUGUGAGGCCUUGUGCAGGUGACUGUUUUGCAUCUUGCCCUACAGCCAGGUAUUUCAGUCUGAUUAUUCCCUUGUUCUUUCUUUUAUUCAUUCCCGGGACUAGGUUCCCGGGACUGGAGUGGGCCCUGGGACAGCGGUAAAGCAGACAGAACCUGCUUGCCAGGAAAUGCAGAGCCUGAGCACACAGAGGGACCCAGGCCUGAGCCGAGCCGUGGGCGGGGCCUGCGCGAUCAUCGAGCAUUUGCUGAUGAGCAAGGUGGGGAGAUCGCUUAGUGCAUCCAACGCGCAGCUCUGGGAUGUGGAAACAGAAGAGGAUGAUAUGAGGGAAGGUGACCUGGGGUACGGCCUCGGAUGGAGCCCUGGCAGACUCAGUGAGCUGGCAGUCUCACCUUCACUUCCAUCUAGACGGUCAGAUGGAAAGAACUUGAGUCCUUCUCCAUUUCCAAGAGCCGGGGAAGAAAGCAAGAGGGCUGUUUCCCAGUGUUUUACGCACACGAACCUGCACACCACCUGCCCUCAGAGGCCCAGAGCAGGCAGCUGCAGCCAAGAACGGAAGCUUGAUACUAAUUCAGAAGUGUCAAAUGAAGAACUAAGGCAACGUCUUCAAGAAACCUUAGAGGAAGUAGAAAUUUUAAAAACGGAACUUGAAGCAUCUCAAAGACAACUUGAAGGGAAAGAAGAAGCAUUGAAAAUUCUUCAAAGCAUGGCAGUACUUGGCAAAGCCACAAGUCACACACAGGCGGUGUUUCAGAAAACUGUGGAACAAAAGAGACUGUUGGAGAAGGAAAUAAAUGCCUUGCAAUGGGAAAUUGAAUUUGAUCAGAAUAGAUUUAAAAACAUAGAAGAAUCUUGGACUCAAAAAUAUGACAGACUUAACUGUGAAAAUGCAGUUCUCAAAGAGAAUUUGAAACUGAAAACAGAGGAAAUUAGGAUGCUGAAGUUUGAAAAUGGAGUCUUGAACCAGCAGUACUUGGAAGCGCUUGCCAUGCUGAACAUCACGCAGCAGGUGGCGGCUCAAGAGAGCAGGUCCUGGGAGGAGUGUGGCUUCAUGGAGGUGUCCGGGCUGGAGCUGGAACUUUUGCAGAAAAGCAAAGAAGAAGCUUACAUCAUGGCAGAUGCGUUCCGGAUUGCAUUUGAGCAACAGUUAAUGAGGAAAAAUGACCAGGCCCUGAGAUUGACUCAAAUGGAGGAAAUUCUUCGAAAAGCAAAAAAAUGGCUAAGCUGGAAGCCCCUUACAGAGGACAGUACCCUUUUAGGACAUCAACCUCAAAGGAGUAAGAAAACAUUAGGGCAGAAACUGCUGGACAUGUUGCCUUCAGAGAGCAGUACCAAGAGGACAGAAGACCAGGAUAAUCCUCAGGAAGUCUUUAGGAUGCUCAUCGAUUUGUUAAAUGAUAAAGAAGAAGCGCUGGCACAUCAGAGAAAAGUUAGUUACAUGCUCGCUCGGGCCCUAGAAGAUAAAGACACUGCUGCAAAAGAAAAUAAAGACAAAGGUCAUAGGAAGGAGGAGUUUCCAUUCAAAAAGCCCUGGCAUAAAUCUUCAGAAUUCUCUAUGUCAUGUGAUUCUGUGCAUUUAGGUGUCCAGAUGUUUAAUUCUGCGCACUGUGCUUGUUCAGUCUCACAGACAGAUCCCAACUGCACAAGAACUCUGAAAAAAUCCUGUUCUUUGCCGUCAAGUAUCCUACUCUGAAGACAUACCAAGCACCGGAAAUCAGAACUGAGAGCUUUUCACAGCAGGAGACUCGGGCUGGGCUUAGAGUUCCAUGGCACAGUGCUGGCUCAGCGUGCGCUAGGCCUGGGCCAUCAGGCACUGAGAGAGGACUGUGUGAAUGUUGAUAUAUCCUGAAAACUAUGUGCUUUCCAGGUUUUUUAAAUUUUAGGAGGCAGUUUAAUCAAGUUUUUUCUACAAAAAAUUUAUUAGAAUUGUGUUGUCAUUUUAUUUAUAAAUAUUAUUAUAUUUUAUAAAGUUUUCAGUGUUUGCCAACAUCUUAGAAGCAAAUUAUUUGGGAGAAAACUGAAAAGUAUGUAAUUAUUGAUUAUUAGGAUCUUAGAUCAGCUAAAUCAACAAUGUAACAGUGUAGUUAAUGUUUAAAAAGUAAUACCUAAAGCCAGGUGUGGUAGCACACACCUGUAAUCCCAGCGCUAGGGAGGCUGAGGCAGGAGGAUCACUUUGAGUUCCAGGCCAGCCCGGGCUAGAUAGUGAGUUCAAGGCCAGCCUGAACUAUAUAGUGAGACCCUGUCUCCAAAAAAACAAACCAAAAAAUGUUUUUCUUAAUUAAAAGUUAAGAUGUUGGAACUUCAGGAGAGGCAUAUUCAGUCAUUGCCAAUUUCGUGCCUUUGUCAGGAGGUGAAUCUUUGUGAACAGCGUCCACAGCCUUGGAGCCAAAGGUAGCAGGCACUGAACAGGUUUCCCUUUCCUCAUACCCUGUGGGUGGAUAUGAUGGCCCAGGAGGGUCUUUUUGGUGACCUGAAAAUGUCAGAAGCCACACAUCCAGUCAGGGCCUCCAGCAAAAUGCACUCUAGGGUUUAUGGUUUUAGCUACCACGUGACCGUAUGAAAAUCAAGGUCUAGAUGUCAUUCAUAUUGAAGUUUAAUAGGGUAGCUGGGGAUUUAGCUCAUCAGCAUAAGUGCCUGCUUGGUAAGCGUGAGGCUGUGAGUUUGAUCCCCGGUACAGAAAAAAAAAAAAAAAAAAAAACAGUUUAAUAGGGGUGUACAACUUCCCAGUCAUGAGGUACUUUAUUAACUGUGAUGCUAUGGCAAUGAGAUAGCCACUCAUGGGAAACCAACAGUUAAGAAACAAGUGAGUUUAUUCAGCAGAAAAGCUGGGAGCAAACAACAAAGCAGAGCUGCUGGCCGCGUCUUUUCAAGUCUCCUUAAAUACACUAUUAGGGAAGGGCUCCCAAGAUCUCACAGUUGCUAUGGAGACCAUGGGAAUGUCACAAGACCCAUUCUCCAACAUCUCAUGAGUUGAUGCCCAGGAUGUGAGCAAUGGUUAGCUUGACUACUUUGUGCGGACCAGCCUUCUUUUUAUGGUUUUAUGGUUAACUAGAAGGGGAGCUGUUAGGGGAGUGGGACUAAAGUUCAUCUAAAAUUUAACUAGUGACCAGCAAAAAUGGGGGCUAAGCAGAAAAUGGAGGUACUUUUGCCCUCACAGUAACAAGGUCUCAUAAACCAAGCCUGCUGACCUCGACCAUUUGUGUAGCUGCCACUGUGUGCAUAUCAGAUUGUAACUGUCCAGUGACACAGGACUGUACUCCCUUCUUAUAAAACACUGAGAAUUAAAAAAAAAGAAUGCUUUUAAAAAGCAUGAAGAGAAAA